UUAUUAUUACACUUGGGAUUAUUGGAAAGGUAUUUAUUUCCGGUUUUACAGUUGAAGAUUUGAGUUUACUGACGAUAUGUUCGAAAUCCAUCCGCAAUGUUGUUCAGAACUAUUUAGAUGAUCUGCAUGGAGUUCGUCGUCUGAUGCAGAGUCGCUGUUUAAAUAUUUUUGAUCCUACAAGCAGCAUUGUUCAAGAAAACAGACACUUUGAAACUAUAGUUCUUAUAAGAAAUGUCCAGAGUAUUAUGAUUGAAGAUGAUAUUACCUUCCUUGUUGCCAGUACUUAUAAACGAUAUGUAAAAUGUGUUAAGAUUAAAGAUGGGCUCCUAAUGAAAAGGUCAACCUGCUUGUACCCAACCAAAGAGAGACUUCGUAUUGUAAUUGAAUUUAUACAGUCGCUGGAACAACUUGCUGUGAAUUCCAAGUUUCAGGGUUCCUGGUUGAGAUGCUGUGGUCGGCUCAUACAUACAGUUAUUGCAGGAUGGGACGAAAGUGAAUGUCACGUGGUCUACAGUUUUCUGCAGUCGUUCAGGCAGAUGACGAAACACGUUCAGAGUGUUCUACGAGCAUCUCCUGGGUCCGUGCCAGUGGAGGAACAAUUUAUAAGGCAGUACUAUCGCUCUAUUUACCUGGACUUUAGCCUCACACCCAGAGAUAAAGCGUUCUGGUUGACAAGAAUAUUGAAACCAUGGCCACUUGUACAUCAGGCUAAGCUCUUGUGUCUGCUCUACGGACCAGCAAGAAAUGACAAACUACAGUGGUGGGAACUCUCAGACUAUCUACCAGCCAAUCAGAACGAAGCUAAAGUUAAUCUCUUGGAGCUAGCUCAAGCAAUAAAGUUGUUACAGAGAUACAGCAAAGACUGGAGUGAUGACGACAUUAUAUCAAUUUUAGAGGAGUUGGCAGAGAUCCCAGAAGAGUGGUUAUUUGAAAAUGUGGCAACCUUGUAUUUGCUUUGUGGAGAACCAGUUACAGUAAUGAUGAUGGGAAACAAGCUUUUGAACGGCAAGAUAACUGAACUAACUAAUUUGGUGGCCCACUUGGCGUUGGUAUGUUGCUGCUUUACUGGAUAUUUCUUAAUAUUGGUUUCAGUAUCUCCUGAGUAG